AUGCCAACCACAUGUGUAUGUGUGCAGAAUCUCCUCGUUCCGGUUGGCGGCGGUGUCAUUGCCAGCCCUUCAAAGGACUUCAUCACAGCAAUCAGCAAGACAUAUCCAGGGCGGGCGAGCUCAGCGCCGGUCGUGGAUGUGUUUGUGACGCUGCUGCACCUUGGAGAGGAAGGGUACAUGCGGCUGGUCAAGAGACGAAAGGAGCUGAUGGUGUACCUGCGUUCCAAAUUGGCGGCGGCGGCGGCAGAGUUUGGUGAACGCGUGCUGGCCGUCCCAAACAACCCAAUCUCAUGCGCCAUGUCACUGUCUGGGAUAGCGCGUGCACUGCAGCGGCAGCAGCAGGACGUGACCUUCUUCGGCUCAAUGCUCUUCGCUCGCCGCGUCUCUGGCACAAGGGUUGUGUCGACAACGGCGACCAAGGAAGUGGCCGGCAUCACGUUCAAGGGGUACGGGGCGCACGUGGACGAGUACCCGGUACCGUACAUGACGGCGGCGGCGGCGGUCGGACUCACUGAGGACGAGGUGGAUGUGGAUGUGUUCAUUGAUCGACUGAGGACCGUGGUGAAGACAGUCAUGAAGAAGGCAAGCAACGGUGAUGGUGAUCAUGGUGAUGGUGAUCAUGGUGAUGGUGAUCAUGGUGAUGGUGAUCAUGGUGAUGAUCAUGACGGUGAUGAUGAGAACAACGGAGGCGCUACGCAAGGUGGUGAUACUGCGGAUGAGUCAAGUCAUUGAUACUGGGGUGGCCGUGCCAGGAGUUGUCAUGAAUCCCCCUCCCCCUGUCUCGCCACCCCAAUGUUAUUCAGUUUUAGCUUGCAUUCCCCCCUUCGGGGCGUCUCAAUUGCUUCCUUUAUCAAACAAAGCAGACAUGAAAGCCAC